AUGACCAACUUCAUGUUUCACGACUUCUUCCUUCUCACCUCUGGUGAACGUGUUGCGACCAACAGAACUUUACCGAGUGGCGGAAACUCGGUCUCCUGGCAUCACGUCUACCGUACUACCGUUCGAUACACGAACCUCGGGGCUAGGAACUCGAGACUCCGCCUCUGGUCUCCAGCUUCCGCACCUCUUUUCCCCGAUGGAACCAUCGUUCUUGGUCUCGUCAAGGUUCAUGCCCCCAACGCUCCCGACCUCAUCUCUCUCGACGCCAUGUCUGCCUACCCCGUUAACGGUGAUCCCUCUUCCGAUCAAUAUCAAGACAGCAUCCCCGACAUACCAGGGACCCUUUGUUUCGUCAUCGGCACUGUUCGUUCUGGGCAGGAGAUCCUAUCGGAUGGAUCACGUACCUUCACGCUGGCCACGAUGGCGUACGUGUUUGGAGCGAACCAACCGUCUUUGAUUCGUUGUCGGUUUGAGGCGACCCCUCGCUGGGCACACACCGCCUGCCCGUCUCCCAACUCAGUCGUUCUCGUGGUCGGGAACGCGGAGGGAACUGCGCCCGACGGCCUUCUUUCUUUCACGAUCGCCGACCUUACCUUCAACCCCACUGCCAUCACUGGUCCUUCGCCGCCUGCUGGAGGUCCCGGUCCUGGUGGUGCCGGAGUUAAGAAGCGCAAGUUCCGCGCAUUUGUUGGGAAUGACUCGGAAGGACCCACGUCUGGCGCUACAUCCUCCCAGGCGGUUCUGUCUCAAUCUGGCGUGAACUCUUCUGUUCCAGCUUCACGACAGGCUACUGCGGGAGCUGUGGUCCCCGUCCCUAGCAAUCAAGGUGGGAGCGGGAAUGGCAAUAUGCAGAUUCAACCUCAGCCAUCGGUGCCCAUUCCUUCCGCACCCAAUCCUUCCAACUUCGGGACCUUCGUUUACCCCGACAUGAUGCAGAUGUCACCAGCGAUGCCUCCUUCGGGUGGUCAAUUGAUGAGGCCUCAGGGUAUGAUGGAUGUUACGCUCCCGAUGUACGACAGCAACCAACCAGGUGCGUCUGGUGCAUCGGACACCGCUGGUCAUGGUCAGCAGAUGCUAUCUGCAGCCUUCAAUGUACCGGGUCAACAGUACAUGAACCAGGCUAUCAUGCCUGCCGACAUGUUUAACGCCGCAAACGGGGCCUUCCCCGCUAAUGGUGGCAGCGGACAGUACGGAUCCAUGGCGGACCUGCUCAAUGCGGCUCCGUUCUCAAUGCCCUUGGGGAGCAACAUCAACCACUCCGCGUCCGGUGGGACGGCUCCAGGUUCAUUCGCGAGCACGCCUGCCUCGCAGACUUCGGCGACGUCUGCGCCUGCUAUGUCUGAGAAGGCGCGUGGCAAGCAGAAGGCGAAAUAG